AACAAAAAAAAUCAUUAUUGACUUUCUCUCUCUCUCUCUCUCUCUCUCUUGUUUUGUUGAGUUGAUGGACAGAGUUGUCUACAGUUCUUUCUAUGCGGUUACUCUGUUGUUUUGCUGCUCUAUUGCGUUUGCAGAUGAUAUAGUUCACCAAGAUGAUAUUGCUCCAAAGAGGCCUGGUUGUGACAAUGAUUUUGUUCUGGUUAAAGUACCGGUUUGGGUAAAUGGUAAAGAAAUAAUGGAAUUUGUGGGCGUCGGCGCAAGAUUCGGCCCCAAUUUGGUAUCGAAAGAGAAACGUGCUAACCAGACAAAAGUUACUCUCGCAGACCCUCCCGAUUGUUGUAGUAAACCAAAAAAUAAGCUGGUGGGGGAUGUUAUAUUGGUUCACCGAGGCAAUUGCAGUUUCGUCACCAAAGGAAAUAUUGCGGAAGCUGCUGGCGCUUCUGCUUUACUCAUCAUAAACAGCGAAAAAGAGCUCUUUAAGAUGGUUUGUGAAGCGAACGAAACCGACGUAAGUAUACGUAUACCUGUUGUAAUGCUCCCAAAAGAUGCUGGUGUGAGUUUGAAACAAAACAUGGCGAACACUUCGAACGUUUCAAUUCAGAUUUACUCACCGCAGCGCCCCGAAGUUGAUGUGGCAGAAGUGUUUUUAUGGCUAAUGGCAGUCGGUACGAUUUUGUGCGCGUCUUAUUGGUCGGCUUGGAGUGCCAGAGAGGCAGCUAUAGAGCAAGACAAACUAUUAAAGGAUGGUUGUGAAGAAUACGUAUGUGAAGAAAAUUGUCACUCGAGCGGAUUUGUGGACAUCAAUACAACCUCAGCUAUCCUAUUUGUUGUGGUCGCCUCGUGUUUCUUGCUUAUGUUAUACAAGUUAAUGUCUUAUUGGUUCAUCGAGAUUCUCGUCGUUGUCUUUUGCAUAGGUGGCGUAGAGGGUCUCCAAACUUGUGUAGUGGCUCUAUUAUCAUGUUUCAGAUGGUUUGAGAAUGCAGCAGAAACAUUUGUUAAAGUACCUUGUGUGGGAGCUGUCUCACAUUUGACGCUCGCUGUUUCUCCUUUCUGCAUAUCGUUUGCCGUUUUAUGGGCACUUUUUCGCCACGUGUCCUUUGCAUGGAUUGGUCAAGAUAUACUCGGCAUUGCAUUGAUAAUCACUGUUCUCCAGAUAAUACGAGUUCCUAAUCUGAAGGUGGGAGCAGUUCUGCUCGGUUGUGCGUUCUUGUACGAUAUAUUUUGGGUAUUUAUCUCGAAAUUGUGGUUCCACAAGAGUGUGAUGAUAGUGGUUGCUAGAGGUGACGGAAGCGGAGAAGAUGGAAUUCCGAUGCUAUUGAAAAUCCCUCGAAUGUUCGAUCCUUGGGGUGGAUAUAGCAUUAUUGGAUUUGGCGAUAUUAUUUUACCGGGAUUGCUCGUAGCAUUUUCCCUCAGGUAUGAUUGGUUGUCCAAUAAAAGCCUCAAAAAUGGAUAUUUUCUCUGGGCAAUGAUUGCUUAUGGUUUAGGUCUUCUGGUUACAUAUAUUGCUCUAAACAUGAUGGAUGGACACGGGCAACCGGCUUUGCUUUAUAUCGUUCCGUUCACGCUAGGUACAUUGAUAACGUUAGCGAAGAAAAGAGGUGAUUUGAAGCAUUUGUGGACGCGGGGAGAGCCCGAUAGACCUUGUCCUCAUGUACAACUUCGUCAAGACGAACAAUGAAAUAAAUAUAAUUAUCUAUAUAUUACACGGUGGGUCCCACUUCGAUUAUCGAUUAGAGUACAAUUUCCUCGCAGAAUAUGUGACAUUUAGAUUAGAGUGUAAAAACCUGUUAAUGUAAGCAGAUCUGCAGAAUUAUAUAUAUGUUCUUGUUUUACUCUUUUGAAAUUGGUUAGUGAUUUUUGAGAUUUUAGUUC